CCACUCGUGACGUCACUGACGAGCGACCGGCUACCACUGCCACAUACUCCCUCCAGCCGGCGCGUAUCUGGUAUCACAAAGAUGGCAGUUGCUCGAGAAAGGGAAUUAAUUUGAUGUAUUUAUCCGCACGAAUCGCUUUUUGAAUGUGCUCUACGACAACUAUUCCAUAUUUGCUGAUUUGAGGAAAUGGGUGGGCGUGAGGAAAAUGGAGUCGAGCCGUCCAAAAGGCCAAUUUUGGUACCACUAACAGAUGGCUUCAUAAGACCAAGACUCUGAGGACAAUCUGCAUCAUGGCCAGGAUCAGCUUGUCGUGCCUUUUCCCAGCUUCCUGGCACUUCAGCCUGUCGUGCCAGAUGCUUCCCCGCCUCUUGCUCCCUUCAUUCAGGCAGCUGUUCCUCUUCGCCCUGCUGCUCUUCCUACUUGGAAGCCUUUACCUGUUUCUCGUCAUUGGGAAAUUGCCUACCAUCUGGAUCACGAAGGAAAACCACUUCCACAGGCACCUGGCCCGGGUGACCGACGUGGACGCGACAGAUACCAGCAACCCCCACCUAAACUACGGGCUUGUCGUGGAUUGCGGCAGCAGCGGCUCCCGGGUGUACGUGUACUGCUGGCCCAGGCACAACGGCAAUCCCCUCGAACUCCUGGAUAUUCGGCAAAUGAGAGAUCAAAACCGGAAGUCUGUGGUGAUGAAGAUCAAGCCAGGAAUAUCUGAGCUGGCUACAACACCAGAGAAGGCCAGCGACUACAUCCAUCCCCUGCUGAGCUUUGCAGCUGAACAUGUUCCCAAAAACAAGCACAUAGAAACCCCGCUCUACAUUCUAUGCACAGCUGGAAUGAGAAUUCUGCCUGUCAGUCAGCAGGAGGCUAUACUGGAAGAUCUUCGAACAGACAUCCCGGUCCACUUCAACUUCCUUUUCUCCGAUUCUCAUGUAGAAGUGAUUUCAGGAAAACAGGAAGGUGUCUAUGCAUGGAUCGGCAUAAACUUUGUCCUAGGAAGGUUUAACCAUGCACUCAAUGACGGAGAGGCGGUGGUGGAGAUUAAUGUUCCGAACAGUGACCAGCAGGAGGCGCUGGUGAGAAAAAGGACUGCAGGUGUUUUGGACAUGGGCGGAGUUUCCACACAGAUCGCAUUUGAAUUGCCCAAAACUGUCACCUUCACCUCUCCGCAGCAGGAGGAAGCAGCCAAAAACUUACUGGCAGAGUUUAAUUUGGGGUGUGACGCCCAUCGCACCGACCACGUGUACCGUGUGUAUGUCUCCACCUUCCUGGAUUUUGGAGGAAACGCGGCGCACAGAAGAUACACGGAGAGCCUUAUGGGAAACACCGGACUCCGAAAUAAGGUGUUAGGUCAGCACGUCGGGGAGACGGCAGAGUCCCCCCUCCUGGACCCGUGUCUCCCCGUGGACCUGGAUGACGAGAUCAGUUGGUCUUCACGGACGCUCCACCUGCGAGGCACUGGGGACUUUGACCAAUGCAGACAGGUUCUACAGCCUCUCCUCAACCGCACAAACGAGAACCAAACCUCCCUGAACGGCGUCUACCAGCCAACCGUGGACUUCGGCAACAGCCAGUUCUUCGGUUUCUCUGAGUUCUACUACUGCACCGAAGACGUGCUACGCAUGGGCGGAGACUAUAAUGCUUCCAAGUAUGCUCAAGCUGCCAAGACUUACUGCGCCACUCCGUGGAAGACUCUGAGGGAGCGCUUCGAUUCCGGCUUGUACGCCUCCCAUGCUGACCUCCACAGACUCAAGAACCAGUGUUUCAAAUCUGCAUGGAUGUAUGAAGUGUUACACUCAGGUUUCUCCUUCCCUACCGACUACAAAAACCUGAAAACUGCGUCAUCGGUCUACGAUAAGGAGGUCCAGUGGACUCUCGGAGCUAUUCUCUUCAGAACACGUUUUCUGCCUUUGAGGGACAUCCAACAAGAAAGUCUGAAAGGGGUGCACUAUCAAUGGCGGCACAGCUUCUCCUUCACCAACAACCACUACUUACUCCUGGUCUGCGUCUUCAUCGUCCUCCUCUCCAUCGUGCUCUACUUACUGCGACUCCGCCGAAUACACCGGCGUCCCCCACAGCGCUGCUCGCCUUCGUCCGUGCCGUGGCUAGAGGACGGCUUUGGAUCGCCGACCCUCCCCAUCAUUCUCUAAACCAGCGGUUCUCAAACUUUUUUUCACCAGGUACCACUCCAGAACACACUUGGCUCUCCAAGUACCGCUAUCAUCACAUUUGUUAAAAUACAGCAGCGUAGUAGGCCUAAGUAUCCAUUAAAACAAAGCAAAGGUUUCAUUUAACCAGUAUAUUGAUGGUAUUUUCCGGACUAUAAGGCGCACCCACUACACUUUAGAAGAAAAAAAUAUGUUUUCAUGCAUUAGUCAUGAAAACAUGGCAGAUAUAAACGUUGUGAAAUGAGUUAUUUACCAUAUUUUUCAAAUUAUAAGUCGCCCCGGAGUUUACGUCGCACCGGCCGAAAAUGCAUAAUGAAGAAGGAAAAAAACAUACACGUCGCGCUCGAGUAUAAGUCGCAUUUUUGGGGGAAAUUUAUUUGUUCAAAUCUAACAGCAAGAAUAGACAUUUGAAAGGCAAUUUAAAAUAAAUAAAUAAUAGUGAACAACAGGCUGAAUAAGUGUACGUUAUGUCACGCAUAAAUAACCAACUGAGAAGGUGCCUGGUAUGUUAACGUAACAUAUUAUGGUAAGAGUCAUUCAAAUAACUAUAACAUAUAGAACAUGCUAUACGUUUACCAAACAAUCCGUCACUCCUAAUUGCAAAAUCCGAUGAAAUCUUCUUUCCUGAUGUCGCUUCUAUGCAACUCUGCCAACUCCAAAGGUAUGCACCGCUUCCUCUUGUCGUUUUCUGCUGCAUAUUUCACUACGUCCAGCUUGUAAUCUGCAGUACAUGAUUUCCUUUUCGGUGCCAUUUUUGUUCAGCUCUUCUCAGUUUUUAUAAGUUACCGCCAACAUUGAAACGAUACAUUUUAAUAGCUACGGCAGUAGCAUAUAGCAUACCGGUUUAUCAGUUUGGAUCCCAUGACCCACAAUGGACUUCUGCCAUGCUUCUUCCCCGCCGAAUUCUUAUUGGUUGACGUGUGUGUGACGAUUGCUGACAUUUUCUUCGUCUCUUCAGCGAAUGAGAUAAAUAAUAUUAUUUGAUAUUUUACGAUAAUGUGUAAUAAUUUCACACAAAAAUUGCUCCAGAGUAUAUGUCGCACCCCCGGCCAAACUAUGAAAAAAACUGCGACUUAUAAUCGGAAAAAUACGGUACACAGAAAUGUUUAUUUACAUACCUUAAUUGUUUCCAAAUGGUGUCUGUAACACGGCAGUAAAACGGCUGAUCAAAAAAAACCGUAGUCAUGGUCAUGGACCCACUAGCUGCACAAGCUCGCUCUCCAAUCAGCUAAACCAGACUUAGUAACUCCACGGUGACGUUUUGGUGAAUUUACUGAGGCAUAUGUGAACUGAAACAAAAUAAAAAGAAUGCCAGUGUAAGUUAAUAAUUCUAACACAGACAUUCGUAAACGUGUUAGCUUAUUAGGUAAUACCAAAGACGCUUGCAUCCUUACAUAAAGAUAGCACGUACAAAUACUUAUGGAGACUCUCCUACAGACAUUUAGUAAGUAUAAACAAUUUUUGUUCUAUUGUUAAAAUUACAAACGUUGCUUGGAUUGAUGAAUUCGGAAUCCGUACGAGUAGAAACGCUACAUAUUUAUAAAUGGUUGAUUUCUAUAGGCUAGUAAGGUAACGUUUUGUACCUGACAAGUUUCGGCUACCUUGCUUCCGCAGCCUUCAUCAGAGGUGUCACGUGAUGUUAGCGUGACGUCGUCUGUGACGUGUUCUAUAGAUUUUUCCAUUUCGCCUGAAGUGGUGGGAUGGCGGUGUCCCCUGGUGUGCGCCGGGGGUAGGGCGAGGCACCCCAUAUCGUCUGGAUGUCUACCAAACGGCCGGGGGCGGCCCUGCAGGACUGUGUCCCAGGUGUGGGAUAGUUGGUAGGCACUUUUGUCCAUAGUUGACAGUCUUUCUUACCAUCCCACUACUUCAGGUGGGAUGGAACAAUCCAUAGAACACGUCACAGACGACGUCACGCUAACAUCACGUGACACCUCUGGUGAAGGCUGCUGAAGCAAGGUUGUCAAAACUUGUCAGGUACACAACUUAACCUUACUAGCCAACCAUUUAUAAAUACACAUCAGUAGGCUAAAUGAACUUCUUCAACAUAGAAACGCUACGGAUGGCUCGAAGACGAAAGGGUACAUCCGGUUCAUAGCUUUAAACAGCAGGAAACGCUGUGUAGACGUUCACCCAACUGCACCUGCAGUGAUCGACCUCUUCCAAAAGAUGGCGCCAUAGCACAAACAAUUACACACCAUGUCAACGUGUUUGCGUGGGUUUUCUAAAAAGUAUUUGUAAUGAAGCAAAAUCUGUCUAUUAGCCGCAGAGGUCAAAGCGUAGGAGAAUAGUAGCGGCUCAUAGUCCGGAAUUUACUUUAGCCACUGUAACAUCACACGCAGUUUGAACGGUAACACUGUGUCUGAACGUCAAAUUGGUUCUUUGGCGUACCACCACAGGUUGAGACUCACCGCUCUCCACUUCACCUCCGCGUCGCGUCUUCAAGAGUGUUCGCCACAAAUGUGAACGAGGGGCUCUCGUUUGACUUACUUUCGCUCAUUUUCCCAUAAAAGAGCAACUCUCUACAAAAGUCGUCCGUAUUACGUUUGUAGGCGUCUUUUUUGACGUGGGCAUUCGCACCUUUUUUUUUUUAAAGCUGCAAAUGAGCACUUGUCCUUUCUACAUGCACCACAGGACGUCAUGAUGAUAAUAAUAAGGCUGGUACUGUUUAUGUUCUGACCAUAUAUUGUGCAAUACCUGUCUUGUCACUGGACUCCUCGGUCUGGACUGCCGUUCUCGCUCACAUACUUUUUUGUCCUCUUGCCAAGCAUCGGGUGCUUGUGCGACUUUACAAUGUGCUUCGUUUUCGGAAGCUUGUGCGUGUGCGUGUGCGUGUGCGUGUGCGUGUGUGUGCGUGUGUGUGUGUGUGUGUGUUCUUGUAUUUCUACCCUUCUUGAGACAUCAACAUGGAAAAGUGUCUUCCCUAUGAGGACGGGUGAACAAGUAAGGACAUAAAUCAUGGUCCAAAUACGGAAAACUCUUGCAUUCAAAGGCCUACUGAAAUUAGAUUUUCUUAUUUAAACGUGGAUAGCAGGUCCAUUCUAUGUGUCAUACUUGAUCAUUUCGCGAUAUUGCCAUAUUUUUGCUGAAAGGAUUUAGUAGAGAACAUCCACGAUAAAGUUCACAACUUUUGCUUGCUAACACAAAAGCCCUGCCUCUACCUGAAGUCGCAGACGAUGACGUCACAUGUUGAUGGCUCCUCACACCUUCACAUUGUUUUUAAUGGGAGCCUCCAACAAAAACAGCUAUUCGGACCGAGAAAACGACAAUUUCCCGAUUAAUUUGAGCGAGGAUGAAAGAUUUGUGUUUGAGGAUAUUGAUAGCGAUGGACUAGAACAAAAAAAAAAAUUCAGAUGUUUUUAGACACAUUUACUAGGAUAAUUCUGGGAUAUCCCUUAUCUUUCUAUUGUGUUGCAAUAAGUCAUAAUAAAGUUUUAGUGAGUUUAAUAUUACCAGAUAGUCAGAGGGGUGUGUCCACGGGUGUGUUGACGCGCAGCUUUAUGGGCGGCACAAGCUCAGCUGAUCUCCGGUAAGAAGUGACUUUUUACCACAAUUUUCUCACCGAAACCUGCUGGUUGACAUUCGGUUGGGAUCCAUGUUCGCUGUGAUCCAUAGUAAAGUUUCACCUCGGUGAAUUUUAAACAAUGAAUCACCGUGUGUUUGUGUGGCUAAAGGCUAAAGCUUCCCAACUCCAUCUUUCUACUUUGACUUCUUCAAUAUUAAUGGAACAAAUUGCAUAAGAUUCAGCAACACAGAUGUCCAAAAUACUGUGUAAUUAUGCCGUUAAAGCAGAUGACUUUUAGCUGUGUGUGUGUGCGCAGCGCUCAUACUUCCUAACAGCCCGUGACGUCAAGCGUACACGUCAUCAUUACGCGACGUUUUCAAGAAAAUACUCCCGGGAAAUUUAAAAUUGCAAUUUAGUAAACUAAAAAGGCCGUAUUGGCAUGUGUUGCAAUGUUAAUAUUUCAUCAUUGAUAUAUAAACUAUCAGACUGUGUGGUGGGUAGUAGUGGGUUUCAGUAGGCCUUUAAUAGAGAGACAAAUACCAGAGUCUGUGAACAUUGCUCCAAAGUCAGGAUUUUUGGUUGAUUUAAUGUGCAUACAAAAGUGAACAUUGACAGGUGCAAAGGCAGCAAUAUAUGAUAAAACAAGAGGGCAGAUAAAGAAGAACUUUCCUAUUCAUCCACAAAAAAACCCGCCAGGUGAUUUUUCCACUUCUGGUGCUGACGUAAGACAACCCGCGUCCCAUAUGUGACCAUAGGAUGAACAAAUACACUACGGUACUAAGACUAUAGUGGCCAUUAACCGUUAGCGUCUACAGCAGUGUUGCCCAAAGUGAAGCACAGGGGCCAUCUGUGGUCCGUGACUCCUUUUUCAUCGGCCUUAAGCACAUUACAAAUAACAAAAAAUAGAGAUCUCAUUCAGACACCUGGUGGUGAUAUCUAUCAAAAUUAGGGUGGUCCCAAAAAGGAGGGAUUUUUUUUAAAGUGACUACGUGUCUGUUUAAAAAGUACUCCCCCCCUUUGGUCAACAUAUGAAAUAACAAGUGUGUGUAAAAAUUCGAAGUGCUCCCCCUCUAGCCAACAUAUGUAAUAACAAGUGUGUGUAAGAAAUUGAAAUGCCCCCCUUUGGCCAAAAUCUAUUACAUUUAAAAAAAAAAAUGUAUAUAGAGGCAUACUGUAAUAACUUGAAGUAAAUAAUGAAGACUAUAAACAAAUUAAAAAAAUAAUAAUAUUACUAAAAGGUUACUUGUUUUAUAUUUGCAUAGUAUGUAUAUAUUAUUAAUGUUGUAAAUACAAAUCUUUAUAUAUCUAGAAAGGGUGGUCCUAAAGAGGUAGGCAUUUUUCGGCAGUCUCAAGAAGGUCAGAAGUACAAGAGUGUGUGCGUGUUCUUGUAUUUCUACCUUCCAUAUGAGGACUGGUGAACAAGUUAGGACAUAAAUCAUGGUCCCAAUACGGAAAACCAUUGCAUCUAAUAGAGAAUGUCUCAUUUUCACCCUUGGUGGUGAAAUCUAUCAAAAUUUGGGUGGUCCCAAAAAGGAGAUAUUUCAAAUCGACUGUCUGUUUUAAAAGUGCUUCUUCUCCUGUCAACAUAUGAAAUAACAAGUGUGUGUAAGAAAUUAAAAUGGACCCCCUUUGGAAUAUGUGUAUAGAGACAUACUGUAAUAAUGAAGUAAAUAUUGAUAAUUAAAAAAUCAAUUCCCAAAAAAAUAAAUAUUAACUAAAAGCUUACUUGUUUAUAUUUACAUAGUAUGUAUAUAUUAUUAAUGUUGUAAAUACAAAUCUAUAUAUAUCUAGAAAGGGUGGUCCUAAAGAGGUAGGCAUUUUUUGUAGGUCUCAAGAAGGUAAGAAGAACAAGAAUGUGUGUGUGUGUGUGUGUGUGUGUGUGUGUGUGUGUGUGUGUGUGUGUGUGUGUGUGUGUGUGUCUGUCUGAGUGUGAGAGGAUACAGAGUUGAUAUAAUGCAAUGUUUGCACAGUGUUGUCACAUUGCAAUAAGUCAUAAUAAAGUUUUUAUGGAUUACAAAGAUUGUUCAUUUCGAACAUGAUGCACAUUUGUUCACUCGCUGUUCUCAAUUUGUAACCAUUUAAAUACAUAAACGUUCGCAAAUAGUUUUUUAAGUUGUAAUUUAGAUAAUGACAUGAAUAAGAUGUAAUUAUUCAAUAACGUUUAAAAUAUCAGGAUUCUUCUGAUUACUUUGUGAACACUUUCCAUAAUUUAAUUCCACAUGCAGAUAUACUAAAGGUUUAAAGUUGUGUGCGUGCAUACAAAUGUUUUAAGUUACAUCUUUCUCUUUUAAGAAUUGCUGUACAUUUUUGGGUAGCAUGUUAAUUGCUUUGUGCAUUAUUUCAGCGGUUUGCAAAUGCACCAACGCAUUGAAUAUUUUAGAUUCUCUAUAUCCAACAUUAUAUAUUAUUCCAACUGAUCUUUUUCUGUAACACGGUUAGUGAACGGAGUGUACUUUUGUAGUUACUUCCCCAUAUUUCUGCACAAUUACUCAGAUAUUUUUAAGCAUCUGAGAAUGUAUAUUGUUUUGUCCAAAUCUUGCUACUUUAUUCUGUGUAUUGUUUACAAGACGUUGAUGUUAUCUAAUAUUACACUCAAAAAUGUU